UGAAAACGCUGAUUCAUAAUGUACUUUGUAAGUUGUGCCGAAAACAAACAAAUGAUUUUCCGGAACUCUAAUAGGGCGAGGCCAGACUCGUGCUUGGCCAUUUUUAUACUUAUUUGCCCUAUCAGUAUAUCAGAAGUACGAAAUCAAAGCCUUUAUUUAUAUUUCAUAAAUCUACUCUUGAUUGCUAAAGAUUACUUUAUUUACCCAAUGUUUUGUGAUAUAAUGCGUGUCGCAAUUCGCAACAUUUAAGACAAUUUGAUCUCUAUAACGUAUGCUUAGGGUUACUUUUACGAUGAUGAUAAUUUUAAUCGAUGCUCGUAGAAUUAUGAGCGCUUCUGCAUAUGCUUUUUCAGUUCAUACUUACCUUUUCAAUUGUACUGAAGUGAUGUGAGCUUUCAACAAAAUGGCUCAGGAAACCAAUGAAAAGAAACAAUUAAAAGAGAUACUCGAUAAUGAAGAGAAAAUGAAAAGUUAUGGAUGGGGCGUGAGACACUUGCAGAUUGCCUGCAUGACCCUGAACGUGGUGUGUCUGAUCAUAGCACGAGCAGGCAUGGGCAUAGCAGUCCUGGCCAUGUCCGAGACUCAACACCAAAACAAUGGAGAAAUCGAAGUCUACGAUUGGGAUAAACAGACACAAAGUCUUAUAUUAUCGUCCUUCUUCUGGGGUUACGUGGUGAUGCAAGUACCGGCGGGUAUAGUCGCUAAGAGAUUUGGUGGCAAACCAAUCCUUUUGUUCUCUCUGUUGUCAAACGCGAUAUUAUGUCUUUCGGUGCCAUCACUAGCUGCAUGGGGUGGAUGGAUGCUAGUAUGUGCUGCCCGCAUCACUAUGGGCUUGACUCAAGCUUGCUUGUUUUCGUCUACGCAAACGCUGAUCGGACAAUGGCUGCCGGACAGCGAGAGAACCAAAUACACUGGGGUUGUAUUCGGAGGGAUGCAAUUUGGGACCAUUAUUUCCAUGCCCAUGUGUGGUUAUCUUGCUGAAACCGGAUUGGGAUGGAAGCUUAUUUUUUAUGUAACUUCCAUUAUUUUGAUCGCUGAUGCGGUUAUUUGGUACUUCCUCGGUGCUAGCAAUCCAAGGGAACAUCGAUGGAUCACUGCAGAAGAGAAAAAGUACAUAGAAGCUGGCCUGAAUGUUUCAGAGUCGGAAAGACCGCCUACACCGUGGAGGCAUAUUUUGAGGUCGAGGGCUGUUUGGGCGCUGCUCGCGCCUCACUGCGGAUUCGCCAUAAGCUUCGUUAUGUUCUUUGUUGAUAUGCCAACGUACAUAGAAAAAGGAUUAGGAAUGUCGUUGAAAGAUAGUGCCUUGUUAGCAGCGCUGCCUUACAUCGGAAUGUGGUUUGGUAGCACAUUCUCUUCCUACAUAUCAGAGAAGAUCUACAACAGAGGUUUACUGUCAUUAACAACUUGCAGGAAAUUAUUUCAAUCCAUAUCUUUAUUUGGGAUUGCAAUAGCAUUGGUGGUACUCUCAUUCUUGGGCCCUGAAAGCAAGCAUUUCGCUGUAGCUACACUGGUUGUAUGUUUGACCAUGGAAGGAUUCAGCACUGCCGGUUUUCUAGUCAAUCAGUUGGAUCUGUCGCCGAAUUACGCUGGUGUCAUAAUGUGCCUGCUUAACUUUAUCGCCACUUCGGGGACCGCACUGAUACCAAUAGUGACAAGCGCCAUUUUGCGAAACGACUCAACUGACGUCAGCCGGUGGCGGAUAGUGUUUCUCCUACUGGCGGGGCUGUGCGCGGCCACCAACGUCGUCUACAUCAUAUUCGGGACCAGCGAGCGACAGCCCUGGGACGAUCCCAAUUACGAGCGAAAAAUGUUUGCUGAUCCAGAGGAAAGCAAACCAGUUUUGAAGAAAAACGAAACUUGUAAAGAGGAAAAAAGAUAAAGAUGAAUCUGAAUUGUUGACAAUAGAAAAAAUAUUUUAUAUUUGCAAUAAAUUAAAUUUUCGUUAAUAUAAUUUCUAAUUUGUCUUUUGUAUAUUUCGCAUUUAGUGUAAAAUUAAUUCAAAUUAAACAUCAUUAUUACACAAGUGAUCAUUCAUUCAUUAUAAUUAGUUAUCAUUUGAAAAUUGUUCAACGUAUUAAUAAAAACCCCAUUUCUUGUUUAUUUAUUUUCUGUCAAAAUUCUUGCUGUUGUAAGCUAAGUGCUUAUACUACGACUACGAGAACAGUUCACGGCACCUAACUGUGGUGCUGAACAAAACGCAUCAGGGAUAAUUGCGCAUGGGCACGACUGGAGAGACAAUCGACAGGGCGCGACUAGAGACACGAUAUCGAAUAAAAAAGUAUCGAUACUGUACUCAUAAGUAGUAUCGGAAAAAAAAUAUCGUACUCGUAAAAGUAUUGAAACAAAUGUAUCGAUACUUCGAAUAUUAUAUAGAUAUUCGAAUUUCAUAGGACCUUAUAAGCAACCCCUCCCCCCGGGUUAAAAUUAAAAGAAAAACAAUAAAAUUUUAUUAUAGUACGUAUAAUCAAAGACAAAAAAGGGCCUGUAAAUUCACAAAUUUCUAUAUUAUGUCGAUACUCUUAAAAACGUAUAAUGUUAAUAUAAUAAAUAAAUAACAAAUACCCUUGUAAUUUUUAAAUAUAUAUACAUAUACAUAUUUAUUGUUUAUCUUAUGCAUGUUUUUAUUCAUUUGGUUGAUUGCAAAUACAUAUAAAAUGAAAUAUGGUGUUAGGAACCUAAACAUGAUUUUCGAUUAUCUAGACAGUGAUAAAAUGUAGUUAUCUAUAAUAUAAACAAUAAUAAUAUAUACAGGAACAAUGAACCUUAAACUAAGAACCUCAAAAAAUAUAAUGUAAUAACUAAAACUAAAAAACCUUAAAAUAUAUAAUAACUAAAAUACAUUAUUAAAAGGAGUCCCUUUAGGCAAGGUUCCAAAGAUACUGGCAGCGUUCCCCCUUUGAAUAGCUAGACUAAUUCUUUGUCCGAGGUAGCUGCCAGCUUUUCGGUUUUCUGUCACGUCGACCAACCUUUUUGCUUUUUCCUUAAAAAGCCUUGCAGCGCUAGGACCCCACGGACCAAGGGUCUCGACACCGAAUGGGACAAAAUCAUAUUCGGAGCCUAGACCCCUGUAUUUGCAAGCCUUAACUUUUUCAGCCGCUUCGCAAGCCGCACCAGCUCUGUUGUUGGUUCCAUUUAGAUGGGAAGGGGCCAGCGUGUCUGAACAGGUUGCAUCCCAUACUAGCACCCGGCCCAUCUUCCAUGGAAUCAAACUCAUACCGUCUUAGGUUUAUGUCUUAAAGCACGAGCCGAGCGAGCGAAGUGAGCGUAUCGUGGCAACGGCCGGCAAAGUGGCAGAAAAAAUUGUUAAGCAUACAGGUCG